AUGCCUUCAAUGCGAACGUUGCUCGUCGCUCUCGCCUUGCUAUCUGUAGCGGGGAUCGAGGGGGCGCCGUUCUUCGAUGCGAUAUACGACGCGAUCAACGGGAACGGGAGACGCUCCUACGGGUACAGCGGCUACGGAAACUACGGGUAUAACGGAUACAAUGGGUAUAAUGGUUAUAGACACGUGGACCGCGCGCCGAGGCAGGGGAAAACGUACAAGGAGAUCUGCAGGGUGCAUUUUCCGGACUCGGUCGCGGUUCCUGGAGCCGGGGGGAUAGUGUGUCCCUAUUGA